GCUCCCCGCGCGCGGUCCCACCGCCGUGAUCCGCCGCGCGUCAUGGCCGCUCCCGGAGCUGCAGGGGGUGCCAUCCUAAAAGAUGUAGUGGCCUAUGUAGAAGUGUGGUCUUCCACGGGGACAGAAAAUUACUCAAAGACAUUUACAAACCAACUUGUGGAUAUGGGGGCAAAGGUCUCAAAGACUUUCAACAAACAAGUAACUCAUGUGGUUUUCAAGGAUGGCUACCAGAGCACUUGGGACAAGGCCCAGAAGACAGGGGCCAAGCUUGUUUCUGUGCUCUGGGUUGAGAAGUAAGUGCUUCUUUCAUUAGUUUCCUGGUAUUGCUGAAAAUCUACUGUUGCUAUUUUGCGUGGUCACAGAACCAGGGGAACUUUGAUUUUCGUCUUUUCUUGGCCUCCUAUUGGACAAGUAACUUGACAUCUUCAAGCUCUAUUUCUGUGAGUGGAAAAUGGGUUUGGGAAA